AGCCGACGACGACGUCGGUUCGCGGCCGAGCCAAGUGUGUUGAGAAAGAUGCGUGGCCAUCUCGCUCAGUUCGAUAUUCUCGGUGUUGCGAAAAAGGUGUAAACAAGAGUUCAGUGCUACUCGGGCGCAUAUAUUAGAGCCUGUAUUUUGGAUUAUAUCCAAUCACUCGUGCUUCACGUUUGAUCCGAUUCAAGUUCGGUGCCAAAGCCGUUGGCAAUGGAGGCCGCUUCGGACUUCAUCGAUCGACUGGGCGACCAUCCGGAGACGGUCGAUGACGGCUCGCCGCAGUCCCCGGAGGAGCUUGGCGACAUGACCUUCCACAUCGCCAACUACGCCAAGGAGGCACUCAAGAUGAUGUUCAUGAUGCGCUCCCACCACAUGCUGACCGACGUGACGCUGGAGAUCGAGAAGGAAACCUUCCACGCCCACAAGGUGGUCCUGUCGGCGGCCAGCCCCUACUUCAAGGCCAUGUUCACCGGCGGGCUGAAGGAGUGCGAAAUGUCACGGGUCAAGCUGCAGGGUGUUUGUCCAACGGCGAUGGCCCGAAUCUUGUUCUUCAUGUACACCGGGCACAUACGAGUGACGGAGGUGACGGUGUGCCAACUGCUGCCCGCCGCCACCAUGUUCCAGGUGCCGAACGUGAUAGAGGCGUGCUGUGCCUUCCUGGAGCGGCAGCUCGAUCCUACCAAUGCCAUUGGUAUUGCGAACUUUGCUGAGCAGCAUGGGUGCAUAACGCUGCGGCAAAAAGCCAACCAGUUCAUCGAGAGAAAUUUUACCAAAAUCUGCCACGAGGAAGAAUUCCUGCAACUAUCUGCUAUUCAACUGAUCUGUUUGAUCAAGAAAGACGAGCUGAACGUCCAGGGUGAGCGGGACGUUUACGACGCCGUACUCAAGUGGGUUCGCUACGACGAAGACAACCGGUACCCCAAAAUGGAACACAUCCUCUACGCCGUACGGUGCCAGCUGUUGACCCCCAGCUUCCUCAAGGAGCAAAUGAAAUCCUGUGACGUGCUGCAGCGGGUUCCGGCUUGCCGCGAUUAUCUGGCAAAGGUUUUCGAGGACAUCACCCUGCACAAACGGCCCUCGGUGAGGGAGCGCAAACCGAACACAACUCGAAUGAUUUUCGUUGCCGGUGGAUACUUGCGACAUUCCCUGGACAUGUUGGAGGGCUACAACGUGGACGACAACGUGUGGGUCACGCUACCGAACCUGACGGUGCCCCGGUCGGGGCUGGGCGCUGCCUUUCUCAAGGGUACGUUCUACGCCGUCGGUGGACGGAACAAUUCGCCCGGCUCGUCGUACGAUUCCGACUGGGUUGACCGGUACAAUCCGAUAGCGGAGUCGUGGCGGCCGUGCUCGCCGAUGUCCGUUCCGCGGAACCGGGUCGGGGUGGCGGUGAUGGAUGAGCUGCUGUACGCCGUCGGUGGUUCCACGGGCUGCGAGUAUCAUAAUACGGUGGAAUUCUAUGACCCGGAACAGGACACGUGGACCCUGGUAGCACCGAUGCACUCGAAACGCCUGGGCGUCGGUGUCGCCGUCAUCAACCGGCUGCUGUACGCCAUCGGAGGAUUCGACGGCCGGGAGCGGCUGUCCACCGUCGAGUGCUACCAUCCGGAGAACAACGCAUGGUCGCUCAUUCCGUCGAUGAAGUUCGGUCGCUCCGGCGCAGGGGUGGCCGCUCUGCACCAGUACAUCUACGUGGUGGGCGGAUUCGACGGUACGCGACAACUGGAAACCGUCGAGCGGUACGAUACGGAACAGCAGACGUGGGAUAUGGUGGCGCCAAUCACUAUUGCCCGAAGUGCCUUAUCGCUGACCGUGCUGGAUGGAAAGCUGUACGCCAUGGGCGGAUACGAUGGACAGAACUUCUUGGCCAUAGUGGAAGUGUACGAUCCGGUGAGUGACCGUUGGAUGGAAGGAACACCGCUGACCUCGGGCCGGAGUGGGCACGCGUCGGCGGUAAUUUAUACGUCUUCCUGCAUAACAAACUAUAUGGAAAAUCUCAACAUAGCUGGAGACUCGAAGGGUGGCCGGAGGACGGAUCGAGGGAAAGAAGGAGGAGACGGUGGGUUCGGAUCCAGCAGUGGUAUCCAGCGAAUGGAGUGCGAGGCUUCCAGCUCGAGACAAGCUCCGGGUCCAAGUGAGGGCACACAUCGAUCGCAGAACCGGGAAACAAAAAUGGACGUAUGUGGUGAUAUUCCGUACGAAGACUGCGAUCUGAUGGUGAAAACGCUUUGCACCAAUGCACCUUGUAAUUGUGGUAAUAUGGCGACCGGGAAACUUGGCAGCAUAGCGGAAGCAACACGGAAAGACCACGACAGCUCGCUUAUUACUAGUUUUAAUGAUUCUAGUCUUACAGAGGAAAGCGAGGAAGACGUCAAGAAUGUAAUUCGCCCACCGGGCGGCACUCCGCCUAUAAUUCCAGAAAAUACAGCCAACAACAACUCAGAUCUUACAUCAGCCCACACCGGUGACCAUUCCAUACCAGAUAACACCCAACCAGUACCGUGUGAAAACACUGAAAGAAGACCCUUCACAAAAUGCAUGGGGAAGGUGAAGCGGAAAGCAUCCAGCGGUUGGAACGAAGACAACUGUGCCCUGCUUCGUCUCAAGCGACAAAUCACCUGCUUCGUGUCGUCCAUUGUGUCCCAAUGUCCAGCCCCGACCACCCCGAGCCUUACGAAUGCGGAAAGUUCGCUCCAGCGAACGUCGCCCAGGAACUCGCCGCCACUACCUCGCCACGCGCUCGACCGCGGGCACGACCGACAGAAUCAUUCCUGGCCGGCGGGUGGUGGGACCCCGAUGGAUGAGUCACCGCACGAUCCGAUCUUCCAUUCGGUGCCUUGACAAAGGUGUAGCAUGUAGGACACCUUCUAGUUCAAUUCUGGCAAGAAUCAAAAUGAAAACUAACCGACAAACCUAUCCAUAGAAUUGUGCAUUCCUUUUCUGCUCUAGAUUUUAUCUAUUCCUAAGUAGUAAAUUAUUUUUUUCUGAAUCGUAGCACUGUACCAGCGGGAAAAUUGACCAAUUUUCUGGUGUCGAAUUAGCGAUUAAAUCGGAUUAGGUAGCGUAUGUGAUUUUACGCGAUAAGCUUCGGUGUUCAUACUGUGUAUGAACGCGCUAAUCGUACUUUAAAGGUAUCUGUUAUCUCACUUUUUAUAUGUGCACUCGUAUCAAGGAUAUUGUAUUUGCGAGACGAUUUGUAUAUGUGUCCCAUAAAUGAGAUCUAAAAAAAACUGCCGAAUUCAAUUCGGAGUACUACAAGUGUGCAAAGAGUAAGUAGCGUGGCUGCAAUUCAGACAAGUCAAGAAUAACCAAUAAGUAAGGGCAUCAAUUUGAAUCCACUAUCCUAGGGACUAGCUUGUGAGAAGUGUCAUAAAAGUAUAUGUAAAUACUACAUAAGGAAACAGAUUUUAUAUUAUUAUGACGGUCAAAAUACAAAUAUUAUUGUGUAAAACGAA